UGUUCCGUUCAUUACAAAAAUCGUGCUAUCUUUAACUAACGCAAAAGGUUGUUAAAUUAAAUCACUUUUCUAAGGUGUGUUAAUGACAACGACUAUGACGAUGAAAUAAACAUUAGCGCAACGGAACAUUGUUACUAGAUUGUGUUGACAUAUUGCGAAGAAGUGGCAAAAGUAUUGAAAAAUUGCGAAAGACGCAGUCGCAAUGUUUUGUCCAAUCGUGUGUUUGUGAUAAAUUAAAUGUUAAGUUUAUAACAAUGUGAUGACUACGAUUCAAGAAAAGAGUCUACAAUGGUUGUUGGACAUAAAAAUGUCGAGGAUAUAAGAGAGAAAGUGUCGUGUGAAAUCCGAGAGUCGCCUUCAAUGAUGUGGAAGGGGACGAUUGUGCAAGCGAAGGCAGGCUGCGCGCGCGCCACCGCGGCCCUGGCGCUGGGGCUCGUCGUCUUUCUCGGCUCGUGGCGCGGCGGCGCCGGCGCGGACCUGGUCAUCGAGAUCCCGGGCUCGGGGCUGGCGGACGGCGCGGAGCCGCCGGCGGGCCGCUACCGGCUGGACUACCGGCCGGCGCAGGGCUCGCCGGCGCCCAACUACACCGUGCCCGCGCGCGCCUCCACCAUCAACUUCCAGGGGCUGCCCGGCACCAAGUACCAUUUCAUGCUCUACUACUCCAACGCCACCUUCGCGGACCUGCUCACCUGGAACCAGACCAUCAUCACUGCGCCGGAGCCGCCCACAAACCUGACGGUGACGCUCGGCCGCAACAAGCAGGCCACCAUCGCCUGGUCGCCGCCCGCGCACGGUGACUACACUGGCUUCCGCUUCAAGGUGAUCCCGCUGACGGAGCGCGUGGAGGGCGGCGCGCGCAACAUCACGGUGGAAGGCGCCGGCAACUGGACGCACACGCUGCGCGAGCUGUCGCCCGGCGCCACCUACCAGCUGCACGCCUUCACGCUGCUGCACGACAAGGAGAGCGCCGCCUACGCCUCGCGCAACUUCACCACCAGGCCCAACACGCCGGGCAAGUUCAUCGUGUGGUUCCGCAACGAGACCACGCUGCUGGUGCUGUGGCAGCCGCCCUACCCGCCCGGCGCCUACACACACUACAAGGUGUCGAUCGUGCCGCCGGACGCGCGCGACAGCGAGCAGUACGUGGAGAAGGAGGGCGAGCCGCCGGGGCCCGCGCAGGCCGCCUUCAAGGGGCUGGUGCCGGGCCGCGCCUACAACAUCAGCGUGCAGACCGUGUCCGAGCCCGAGAUCUCCGCGCCCACCACGGCGCAGUACCGCACCGUGCCGCUGCGGCCGCGCAACGUCACCGUGCCGCCCGCCACGCGCUCCGAGACCUCCUUCCGCGUCGUCUGGCUGCCGCCGCUCGAGGAGAGCGAGUUCGAGAAGUACCAGAUUAGCGUGAGCGCCGCGGCGGGCGCGGGCGGCGGCGCGCUGGGCCGGCGCCUGGCGCCGCAGCUGCGAGCGCGCGACGCGCCGCCCUUCGCCGACUUCGACGCGCUGGAGCCGGGCGCGCACUACACCGUCACCGUCAAGACCAUGUCCGGCAAGGUCACCUCGUGGCCCGCCAGCGCCGACUUCACGCUCAAGCCGCUGCCGGUGGUGGACGUGGGCUGGCGGCGCGUGGAGGGCGGCGAGGGCGUGCGGCUGUGGUGGGCGCCGGCGCCGGGCAGCGCGCAGGACGAGUUCCGCGUGUCCUACCACGAGGCCGGGCCCGCGCGCGACGACAGCUCCUCGCUGGCCGCGCCCGCCGCCAACGUCACGCUCGACGCGCUGCUGCCCGGCCGCAACUACACCAUCACCGUGGCGGCGGUGUCGCACGGCGUGGAGUCCAACGAGAGCUCGGUGAGCGUGACGACGCGGCCGCUGGCGCCCGUGGUGGUGUCCGCGGAGCCCGAGGACACGCGCCUGCGCCUCGCCUGGCGCUCCGACGUCAACUCGCGCCAGGACGCCUACCGCCUGCGCUGGGCGGCGCGCCCGCGCCCGCGCCCGCGCCCGCUCGCCGCCGCCGACUACCGCACGCUGGAGACCACGGAGACGAACGCGACGCUGGAGCAGCUGACGCCGGGCGCCGUGUACGAGGUGCAGGUGGCGGCCGUGAGCCACGGGCUGCGCAGCGAGUGGCACACGCUCCUCAAGCCCGUCCGCCCGCUGCCGCCCGCGUCGCUGCACGUGGAGCGCGCGUCGUCCAACGCGCUGCGCGCGCGCUGGGAGGGCCCGGCGGGCGGCGCGCUGGGCGCCUUCCUGCUGCAGUACCGCGCCGCCGACGCCGCCGCCUGGCUGGCGCUGGCGCCGCUGCCCGCCACCGCCGGCAGCGCCGAGCUGGCCGGGCUGGCGCCGGGCGAGGACUACGUGGUGCGUCUGGACACGCUCAGCGACGCCGCCGGCGACGACAGCGUGCCCAGCGGCCGCCCGCUCGAGACGCACCACGUCGUGCGCCCCAGCCCGGUGUCGAACGUGGCGCAGCUGGUGGACACGCGCAACAUGACGCUGGAGUGGCCGCGCCCGCAGGGCCGCGUGGAGCGCUACGAGCUGCGCUGGUGGCGCUCCGACGCCGCCCCCGGCGAGGACCGGGAGGAGGGCGCGCGCAACGUGUCGGCGGCGGGCGGGCAGCGCUCGGCGCGCGCGCUGGUGGACGGGCUGCGGCCGGGCCGCGCCUACACCGUCACCAUCGCCGCGCACUCGCACCGCCUCGCCUCCGACCUCUUCACCAUGGAGACGCGCACGCGUCCGUUGAUUCAAUCUGAAAUGACCAUCGUGACGGAAUCCGACGCGGGCGAGGGAGACGAAGACAACACGCCUGCGGUUCUUAAAGUGACGUACACGCCGACGCCCGAGUCGGCGUCGCAGUUCGACUCGUACCGGUUCCGGCUGGACGGCGACGCGGGCGGGGUGGCGGUUGGGGCAGGCGGGGCGGGGGACACGCGCACGGUGGAGCGCGGGGCGGGCGCGGCGCCGCGGCAGGUGGUGUUCGCGGGGCUGGUGCCGGGCCGCCUCUACAACGUCACCAUGUGGACCGUCUCGCACAACGUCACCUCGCACCCCGUGCAGCGCCAGGCGCGCCUGUUCCCACGGCCGAUCCCGUGGCUGAACGCGACGUGGGUGUCAGCGCGCGCGGUGGGGCUGGCGUGGGGCGCGCCGGCCGGCGACGUGCGCGACUACGAGCUGCAGUACCUGGCCGCGCCGCACGCGCUGCGCACGCACCACACGCGCGCCGCCGCCUACAACGUCACCGGCCUGCGCCCGCACACGCACUACACCUUCACCGUCGUGGUGAGUGACGUCAGCGCCCGCGACUACGAGCUGCAGUACCUGGCCGCGCCGCACGCGCUGCGCACGCACCACACGCGCGCCGCCGCCUACAACGUCACCGGCCUGCGCCCGCACACGCACUACACCUUCACCGUCGUGGUGAGUGACGUCAGCGCCCGCGACUACGAGCUGCAGUACCUGGCCGCGCCGCACGCGCUGCGCACGCACCACACGCGCGCCGCCGCCUACAACGUCACCGGCCUGCGCCCGCACACGCACUACACCUUCACCGUCGUGGUGAGUGACGUCAGCGCCCGCGACUACGAGCUGCAGUACCUGGCCGCGCCGCACGCGCUGCGCACGCACCACACGCGCGCCGCCGCCUACAACGUCACCGGCCUGCGCCCGCACACGCACUACACCUUCACCGUCGUGGUGAGUGACGUCAGCGCCCGCGACUACGAGCUGCAGUACCUGGCCGCGCCGCACGCGCUGCGCACGCACCACACGCGCGCCGCCGCCUACAACGUCACCGGCCUGCGCCCGCACACGCACUACACCUUCACCGUCGUGGUGAGUGACGUCAGCGCCCGCGACUACGAGCUGCAGUACCUGGCCGCGCCGCACGCGCUGCGCACGCACCACACGCGCGCCGCCGCCUACAACGUCACCGGCCUGCGCCCGCACACGCACUACACCUUCACCGUCGUGGUGAGUGACGUCAGCGCCCGCGACUACGAGCUGCAGUACCUGGCCGCGCCGCACGCGCUGCGCACGCACCACACGCGCGCCGCCGCCUACAACGUCACCGGCCUGCGCCCGCACACGCACUACACCUUCACCGUCGUGGUGAGUGACGUCAGCGCCCGCGACUACGAGCUGCAGUACCUGGCCGCGCCGCACGCGCUGCGCACGCACCACACGCGCGCCGCCGCCUACAACGUCACCGGCCUGCGCCCGCACACGCACUACACCUUCACCGUCGUGGUGAGUGACGUCAGCGCCCGCGACUACGAGCUGCAGUACCUGGCCGCGCCGCACGCGCUGCGCACGCACCACACGCGCGCCGCCGCCUACAACGUCACCGGCCUGCGCCCGCACACGCACUACACCUUCACCGUCGUGGUGAGUGACGUCAGCGCCCGCGACUACGAGCUGCAGUACCUGGCCGCGCCGCACGCGCUGCGCACGCACCACACGCGCGCCGCCGCCUACAACGUCACCGGCCUGCGCCCGCACACGCACUACACCUUCACCGUCGUGGUGAGUGACGUCAGCGCCCGCGACUACGAGCUGCAGUACCUGGCCGCGCCGCACGCGCUGCGCACGCACCACACGCGCGCCGCCGCCUACAACGUCACCGGCCUGCGCCCGCACACGCACUACACCUUCACCGUCGUGGUGAGUGACGUCAGCGCCCGCGACUACGAGCUGCAGUACCUGGCCGCGCCGCACGCGCUGCGCACGCACCACACGCGCGCCGCCGCCUACAACGUCACCGGCCUGCGCCCGCACACGCACUACACCUUCACCGUCGUGGUGAGUGACGUCAGCGCCCGCGACUACGAGCUGCAGUACCUGGCCGCGCCGCACGCGCUGCGCACGCACCACACGCGCGCCGCCGCCUACAACGUCACCGGCCUGCGCCCGCACACGCACUACACCUUCACCGUCGUGGUGAGUGACGUCAGCGCCCGCGACUACGAGCUGCAGUACCUGGCCGCGCCGCACGCGCUGCGCACGCACCACACGCGCGCCGCCGCCUACAACGUCACCGGCCUGCGCCCGCACACGCACUACACCUUCACCGUCGUGGUGAGUGACGUCAGCGCCCGCGACUACGAGCUGCAGUACCUGGCCGCGCCGCACGCGCUGCGCACGCACCACACGCGCGCCGCCGCCUACAACGUCACCGGCCUGCGCCCGCACACGCACUACACCUUCACCGUCGUGGUGAGUGACGUCAGCGCCCGCGACUACGAGCUGCAGUACCUGGCCGCGCCGCACGCGCUGCGCACGCACCACACGCGCGCCGCCGCCUACAACGUCACCGGCCUGCGCCCGCACACGCACUACACCUUCACUGUCGUGGUGCGCGCGGGCUCAGCGGAGUCGCUGCUGGCGCUGUCGCGCCCGCGCUCGGCCGCCGUGAGCACGCGCGAGGCGCCGCCCGACGCGCCGCACGACUUCCGCCUGGCCGACGCCUCGCCGCGCGAGCUCACCUUCGCCUGGGACAUGCCCGACGCCGCCACGCACGGCACGCUGCGCCGCUUCGUGCUGCAGUACGCGCCGUCGGACGCGCCGGAGGCGGGCGCCACGGUGGUGCUGCCGCCGGAGGCGCGCUCGGCCACGGCGGCGGGGCUGGCGGCGGGCCGGCUGUACGCCGUGACGCUGCGCGCCGAGACCGGCGCCGGCGCCGGGCCCGCCGCCGCGCUGCUGCAGCGCGCGCCCAUCGCCGCGCCGCCGCCGCCGCCGCCGCACGCCACGCCGCAGGAGCUGCGCCGCACCACCACCACGGUGGUGGUGCGGUUCCGCGCCAACCUGUUCUCGGCGGCGAACGGCAACGUGACGGCCUACACGCUGGUGCUGGGCGAGGAGCCGCGCGCCGACACGCCCGCGCAGCUGCCGGCCUGGCGCGACGUGCAGCGCCUGCCCGUGUGGCCGCCCUACCAGGUGACGGAGCCGUACUACCCGUUCCGGUCGUCGGAGGUGGAGGAGUUCACGCUGGGCGCGGAGCGCUGCGAGGCGGAGGGCGCGCGCUACUGCAACGGGCCGCUCAAGCCCGCCACCAAGUACUUCGUCAAGCUGCGCGCCUUCACCGCCCCAGACAAGUUCACCGACACCAGCUACGCCGUGCUGCACACCGACGUGGACAACACGGCGUGGAUCAUCGGCGCGUGCGUGGCGGCGGCGCUGGCGCUGGGCGGCGGCGGCGUGCUGCUGGCGCUGCGUCGGCGCCGGGGCCCGCGCGCCGCCGCCGCGCCGCCGCCGCCGCCCGCGCCGCGCACCUCGCGCCCCGUGCGCGUCGCCGACUUCAUCGACCACUACCGCCUCAUGUCCGCCGACUCCGACUUCAGGUUUAGCGAGGAAUUCGAGGAGCUGAAGCACGUGGGGCGCGAGCAGCCGUGCACGGCGGCCGACCUGCCGUGCAACCGGCCCAAGAACCGCUUCACCAACAUCCUGCCCUACGACCACUCGCGCUACAAGCUGCAGCCCGUGGACGACGAGGAGGGCUCGGACUACAUCAACGCCAACUACGUGCCGGGCCACAACUCGCCGCGCGAGUUCAUCGUCACGCAGGGCCCGCUGCACUGCACGCGCGACGACUUCUGGCGCAUGUGCUGGGAGUCGGGCUCGCGCGCCAUCGUCAUGCUGACGCGCUGCGUGGAGAAGGGCCGCGAGAAGUGCGACCGCUACUGGCCCUACGACACGCGGCCCGUGUACUACGGCGACAUCGCCGUCACGGCGCUCAACGAGUCGCGCUACCCCGACUGGACCAUCACCGAGCUCAUGGUGUGCCGCGGCUCCGAGCAGCGCGUGCUCAAGCACUUCCACUUCACCACGUGGCCCGACUUCGGCGUGCCCGACCCGCCUACCACGCUCGCCAGGUUCGUCCGCGCGUUCCGCGAGCGCUGCCCGGCCGACGCGCGGCCCGUGGUGGUGCACUGCAGCGCCGGCGUGGGCCGCUCCGGCACCUUCAUCACGCUGGACCGCGCGCUGCAGCAGCUGGCCGCGCACGCCGACGCGCUCGACGUGUUCGGCAUGGUGCACGCCAUGCGCCGCGAGCGCGUGUGGAUGGUGCAGACGGAGCAGCAGUACAUCUGCAUCCACCAGUGCCUCGUGGCCGUGCUCGAGGGCCAGGACCUGCAGCCGCCGCACCACAACCCGCACCACCACCACCACAACCCCGCCUUCGAAGACGACGAGGGCAUCGCCGAGUCCGGCAUGUGAGGCGCCCCAGCCCGGCGGCGACCUGCGCGCUCGAUCGAUCGAAACCGUCGACCGCGCUUCCGAGAACACCUCACUUGUACAAUAGCCUUAAGAUUUUAUACAGAAGUAUUUUUAUAAAAUGUAUAUUUAACACAGUGGACCGACACUUUAAUCGAUUGUACAUAAGAUUAAUUUUAUAUUAGUUUAUAAGACGACGUGCGAGGGCUUCGCUCCUCGCGGUGAUGGACGUCGCCGGUCGCCGCGAGCGGUUCGCCUGUACGUUACUUAAUAUGGCAUCCGACCGGCUUCAUGUGCGUCUGAAUGAUUAUUAUUAUUGUUACACUUAGAAAAUUUGUAUUAUGUAAGUACCUUGCUAGAAACAAUAAUGACAGCUUGAAUCUCAAAAUUGUACUUAAAUAAGUGAAUAUCUGCUCAAUGAUCGACUGUGUUACGAGACGUUAGUUUGAUGAGCAGCCGUCCCGAGCCAUCGGCAGUUCCGCAGGUACUUGUUUCGUGACAUUCCUUAUGCACAGUAUGUACUUAAUUUAAUGGUUUACUACGACUUUGAUAUAGCAUACUUUAAAAUGCCAUACAAGAUAUUUUAAAUAUGUACUAAUAAAAAUGUUCUAUGUAUUCAUUUUAACCUGAGAAAUUAUAUUUUAAAAUUCUAUGUUAUAUUUUUCAAAAUAAAAGGAAUAUUUUUGU